AUGACGGAAGAAGGGGACCUACAAUCGCAAGUGCGUAAACUAUCUGAUACUUUGUCUCCUAGAAUACUGCAUCAGUAUAAAACUUACUAUACCCAGUAUAUUCAUUGGUGUCAAUAUAACAAAGUAUUAGUGACUGCAAAUGAUAAUGACCCAUUACCAUACAAAGAUGUUCCUGUAUCAGCACAAUUAAUACAUCGUUUCCUACUGGAUACUUUAAUAACAAAUACUGAUGAAAUCUUCUCACUGCAGAAAUUAAAAGAAAUGAUUAAUAGUCUUCGAUUUUUAUACAAACUAUGUGCUAUUCAUGGUAAUGAAAAUGACUCGUUAGAUGAUACUUAUCUAGAUUCUGUAGUCCAUUUGCAUGAAUAUUGGUCCCAAAGAGAUACUAAUAUGAAUAAUCUAGCAAUAAUAUCCCUCAAUUUAUGGAAUUCGAAUUCAAAUGGCUUAAAAGAGACUUAUUUUAAAGGAUCCUUAGAAAAAUCGAGGUACUUGUUGGAUUUCCAUCUAGUCAACUACUUGAGACUAUCAUACACUGACAGAUCAAAACUAAAGUUAGCUUCUUUCAAAGUCAAUAAAGAAAACAACAUAGUACUUAAUAAUACUAAUAUAACGUUACUACCACAAGAUUGUCCCUUUCUUUGUCCCUAUACUUCCAUGGCUACCUACUUAUAUUUCAGAUUUUAUGGUGUCAAAUCAAUAUCUAAAGGCGAAGGUUUCCCAAAUCUUCUCAAAGACACUAAUGACGAUCUUUUGGCUUCUCUUCCAAUAAUCAAAGGUCGUCUAACAGAAUAUCCAAAAGAAACCACCUUAGGUUUAGGCUACGCCUCACUUUUCAAAUAUUGUAAUUUGUCUUAUACAAAGAAAAAUUAUUUUGAAAUACCAAGUAGUAUACCACGAUUUCCUUCUUCCACCCAAUCAACUCCAUUUGAUUUUAAGAGAAUCUUGAACUUCAAGUCACCGUACGUAAAUUAUGAUGCAUCAGAUUAUAAUAGUAAGUUUAGUCAAAGAAAAAACACAACAGAUUUGCCACCAACUCAUUUAAUCAAUCAAUUAUUCCCAGAAAUUGAAAGUUACAAACACAAUUAUUGGAAUUCUCUAUCUGAGGAGUCCAAAAAUUUCAUAAAUUUAUUGGAAUUCCUAAGAUUAAAAUUAGUGAUAAAUUUACCAAUUAUUUUCAAAUUCUUUCCUAACCACGAUCUUUUCAAAGACCCAUUAUUCCAAAAUGCAGACGUUUAUUCAUACUUGAAUGAUCCAAUCUUCGAGCUCAAUGAAACGUCAGUUCUACCAUUUGAAAUUGUCCCAGGGUCCAACCAGUCGCACUUCAUGAUGAAUGACAUAUUUAAACAAUUAAUUGAAAUACCGGAUCAAUCUAUACCUAUGGGACAAAAUUCACAAACUAAUAUUCCAGCAAGAAAUGUAACUAAUCAAUCUCAAUUGAAUGAAGAUACUUUAGACGAUUUUAGAAAACAAAAUUUUCAAUUUAUUCAGUUUCAGACGUUAUCAAACUUCAAGACCCUGAUUUUAUUUCUUUCCAAGAUUUUUGAUAAUCUGUCCAUGAAGAAAUCUUCUAAAGAUUCCGUUAUAAGACAGUUAACUCGAUUUAAUGAUUCAAUAGUUGAAAGAAUAAAUAAAACCACACCAAAGGACAUAAAAGAAUAUUUUUUGAAAAAUGAAAUCAUUAGACAUAGUCAGGACCUUUUCCCUUUUGAAGAUAAUGCAGACUUUGAAAAGCCAAAGGAAAAGAAAAGAAACUCAUUCAAAUUAUUAGCUGUUGGUGACUCGUCUUCUGACGAAGAAAAUGAAGAUUUUUUAUCUUCUUCAUCAGAAGACGAAUCAAAGGACUCUGGUAACGAUAGUUCAGAUGAAGAAGAUGAAAAUAUGCAAGAAGAGCUGAAAUUUUUAGUGGAUACUUUGGUAAACAGUAAAGUUGACUCUGCCAUAGCAAAACAAAUGAAUAAAUUUCAAAGUAAAAUGAAUUUAAUGAUAGAAAGCCUCAUUGAAGAAAAAGUCAAACAAGUCAUAGAUAACAGUGAUAUUGGGGGAAUUAUGAGAAAAAGGAAGUAUGUUGAUGAUGAUGAUGAUGAGAAUGGUGAUGACCCCGUGAAAAGCCCAAGUUUUGUACCGAGAGAAACGAUUGAUAAGGUAAAAACGCCAAGAUUUAAAAUUCAAGAGCGUCCCAUAUCUUCUCCUUUGUCUAUGGAUUCCAUCAGAAGACAAAACAAAUCAUCGACGCCAAAGGCUAUUGCUCAUACACACACAGAUGAAAAUGUGGAUCCACAUGAGAUAAGAGAGCCACAAGACUCGCAUUCUGAAGUAGAAAAAGAAGAUUCAAAGUUUAGAAUGGAUCCUAGUAUAAAUACGAUUGAAGGUGUCAUCUUAGAAUGGUUCACACCAAACCCCAACAUGCACAACGAAUGUGUCCAUUCAAUGAAUAAGACAAAUGAUAAGACAUGGAGAUCGGGUUUUGAAACAUUAUAUAAGCAAAGAAAGCAAAUCACUGAGUUUUACGUUCAUUUAAUCAACUUGGAGAGUUUGGACAGAUACAAGGCUAUCGAGAUUUGUAAUGACCUAAGAGGUGAUAAAUCAAUUAAAGAGUUUGCAAAAUAUUUAAAACAAUGGAAGAAAGAGCAUGAUAACAGUUUCAGUGGGUUAUAUAAAUAG